GUAUUUACAUAUAUAUACAUAUACUCUCCUCCUCUACCUCAACUCUCUCUCUCUCUCUCUCUCUCUCUUACUCCAUUAAUGGCGAUAGCCUCUCCCCCUCUCCAUCUCCACCUCGUUCCCCCUAAGCCCGCCUCCGCGUUUCCCUUGUGGACAUCACGGAUCCGCUGCUUAUGGGGUUCCCGUGCGCCCCGUGUUGGGCCGAGGACGCGGAGAAGAAGAUGCGGAGUCCGAGUAUCGUCAGUGAGCCGCUCUUCGCCCGUGGGGUUCCGCGAUCUCGACGCCGAUGAUUUUAGGCACCCGCUCGAUAAGCAAAACACGUCGCUCUUGCGGGCGAUCCCCGGGCUUGAUGAAAUUGUCAAGGCUUUAUUAGCAGGGCCAGUUGCAGAGCAAGUUAUGCUACUUCAGAAUAUAGGGACAUCAGUACUUGUUUCUGAAAAUCAGCUACCUGAUCUUCAUAAAUUAUUGGUCGAAGCUGCGAAGCGACUAAACACAGAAGCCCCUGAUUUAUAUGUCCGUCAGAACCCUGUUCCGAAUGCUUAUACUUUGGCAAUCAGUGGUAGAAAGCCAUUCAUCGUAGUGCAUACGAGUCUUGUGGAGCUUCUUACAAGAAGAGAACUACAGGCUGUUUUGGCUCAUGAAUUGGGCCACUUGAAGUGCGACCAUGGCGUGUGGCUCACUCUUGCAAAUAUAUUAACACUGGGAGCUUCUAGUAUACCUGGGCUUGGUAUUCUUGCUCGGUUCUUGGAAGAGCAGCUAUAUAGGUGGCUUCGUGCUGCAGAGCUGACUUGUGAUCGAGCGGCUCUUCUUGUGGUCCAAGACCCCAAGGUGGUCAUCUCUGUCCUGAUGAAACUAGUUGGAGGAUGUCCUUCUCUCUCCGACCAGCUCAACGUUGACGCUUUCUUGGAGCAAGCACGUUCCUAUGACAAGGCUGCUUCGAGCCCAGUUGGGUGGUACAUCAGGAAUGCUCAAACUAGGGAAUUAUCCCACCCUUUGCCAAUUCUCCGAGCUCGGGAGAUCGAUGAAUGGUCAAGGAGCCAGGAGUACAGAUCACUAUUACAAAGAGCAAUCCUACGAGAAGAUGCUCAGAAAUUUUAGUGACCUUCUGGUGAAGAAUUCGAUGUAAAAUGACACUACAAAAGGUCGGCAGAUGAUUCAAAUGAUAGAAGAAUAAUACAGUAUUGUACAUUAUGAGGAGCAGGAAACUUAGUUUUAAGUUAUACACAUGUAUAUUCUCAAAAUACAGUUAUGUUCUCAAAAAGACACACAAAUGUGAGUAUAGAUAGAAAAGCAUUACUGAUUAUUGACAUACUAUAUUUGGCUUGAAUA